AUGGCUGAGCUAACAAAACCAUAUAAAAAAUUAUUGCAAAAACGCGACAAUCUUGUACGUGCAAUCUUAACUCAUGAAUCAAAAAUAAAAGACGGUGUCACGCCGUUGGCAGCCGCUACAAGAUUAAUUCAACUGGAUGGUUCAUUCGAAAAAUAUAAAGAAUUGUGGGAAAAACUGGAAGAGGAAAAUGAAUUUGACUUAAAUCAUUUCGAGGUAGACAAUGAAAUAGUAACAGAAUCCUACAUCAAUACUGUUACAAUGAUAAAAUCAAUAAUCAAAGAUCACUCGCAAAAUGAAAUGAUGUCAUUAAACUCAACAUUAGCUACCCAAUGUAACAACAGCGCCCCCGAAAUUAAAUUGCCCACAAUUUCUAUUCCGAAAUUCGAUGGCAAGGAGUUAGAAUGGACCACAUUCUACGACACCUUCUCAUCUUUAGUCGAUCAAAACCCUAAUAUACCGAAAAUAAGCAAAAUGCACUACUUGCGCGAUAGUCUAAAGGGUGAAGCGUUUCAAGCGAUUUGCAAACUCCCAGCUUCCGAUGCAAAUUAUGACAUUGCAUGGAAAGUGCUGUUAGAACAGUACCAUAACACACGUGCAAUUGUGAACGAUUGCUUGAAGUCAUUCGUGUUUCAAGAGCAAAUUCAACAUCGUAAUGCUGGCAGUAUGCGUAAAUUGAUCGACACAACGAAAACAUCUUUACAAUGCAUUGAAUCGCUCGACGUGAGCAUUGAGGAGUGGGAUCCUUUUAUCGUGUACAUCUUGCAAACGAAGUUAGACAAAGAAACAGCAAUUGACUGGGAGAAGAAACUGGGAGGCUCAAAGGAAAUUCCAACAUAUGUUACAAUGCUUGACUUUCUGGAAACGCAACAUCGAAUAUUGAAAACGCCGACAGGGUUGCCUGCAACCGCCAUUGUGAAAGUGCAAGAUAAAUCUGGAGUCUAUCAUUUAUUCCGUGCGUUGAUCGAUCAAGGGUCACAGGGAAUUGUUGUGUCCGAAAGAGCCGUUCAAAUUCUACGUCUUCCACGCAAGAAGGCAAAUGUCCCAUUGCUCGGAAUUGAUGAUAAACCACUCGGAAAAGCAACAAAAUCAAUCCGAAUUCAAGUGCAAUCUGCAGUAAACAGCGAUUUCGUCAUAUCAAUGGAAGCACUUGUAAUGCGGUCAAUCGUGUCAGCCGGCCCACAAUUUGAAAAACACAAUAAAUGGAAACAUUUGAACGGUUUGCAACUCGCAGAUCCUGAGUAUAUGCAAGCAAAUGCGGUUGACAUUCUGUUUGGUGUGGACAUUUACGGCAUUAUCGUUGAAAAUGGUUUAAAGAAGGGCAAAUUACACGAACCAGUAGCACAAAAUUCGUCGUUCGGCUGGCUUGUAUUCGGCGCUGCAUGCAAAGCAAAAGAGUACAGCGUUCGCAUCCAUACAACUAGCUUGGCGAACACAAAUGAUAACGAUGACAAUGAAGAUUUAAAUAUAGCAUUGACACGUUUCUGGGAGAGUGAAGAAGUGAAUUUGAAGCCAAUCAUGACCGAAGAACAUGAGAAAUGCGUAAAGUUGUGCAAUGAAACGACGAUUCGAUUGCCAAGUGGCCAAGUGCAAGUGUCUCUCCCAUUUAACAUGGAUCGCAAUAAUGAAAACUUUCUCGUUGACUCUCGUAAGAUGGCAUUACGACGUUUUUUUCACUUAGAAAAGAAAUUUGAGAAAGAUGCAACUUACUAUGAACGAUAUAAAGCCGAUAUGUUGAAUUAUCUUGAGUGCAACCACAUGAGCUUAAGCAAAUCACCAUCUAACGAGGGUUACUACGUGCCACAUCAUGCCGUAACUCGAGAAGAAAGCACCACAACGAAACAGCGCACUGUCUACGACGCAUCAGCUAAAACUUCGAACGGGUUUUCUUUAAACGAUCGUUGUUUGAACGGCCCCACCAUACAGCCAGAACUAUUCGAUACGUUCAUUCGUUGGCGCACAAAUAAAAUUGCUUUGGUUGCUGACGUGGAAAAAAUGUAUCGUCAAGUCUCGCUCGCCCCGGAAGAUCGAAAAUACCAAAAGAUUCUUUGGAGAUUUUCGAAAGAAGAGCCAAUUCAAACCUAUGAAAUAAACUGCGUAAUGUUUGGUGGCAAGUCUGCUCCGUUCUUGGCAAUUAAUGCAACUUUUUAUCUCGCUGAGUGUGAAAAAGAUAACUUUCCAAAGGCCGCAGAAUGUAUAAAAACAUGUUUGUACGUCGAUGAUUGCAUGAGCGGCAGCCAUUCAGUCAAAUCAGCAGUUGAACUGCAACGCGAGUUGAAUGGUUUGUUUAAAUCCGGCAACAUGCGUCUUCGAAAAUGGGCAUCGAAUAGCGAAGCGGCAUUGGACGGCAUUCCAAGUGAAGAUCGAGCAAUUAGCCAAUCGUUAACCUUGAAAACCACCGACACAGUGAAAACUCUGGGCAUGAAAUGGACGCCUGCAACCGAUUCAUUGAGCUUCACAAUCGACAUGACUCGUUUAUCAUCUGAACCGCGAAUUACCAAACGAAAGCUAGUUUCAGAUGCGUCCAAACUUUAUGAUCCGUGCGGUUUGUUAGCUCCAAUCACAAUUAAAGCCAAAAUGCUCAUGCAAGCGACUUUCAAAGAAGGAAUCGGUUGGGAUGAUUUUGUGUGCGAUGCCAUUCAAAAUGAAUGGAAUGAAUACAGAGUGGAACUGCCAUUGAUUAAACAAUUGAAAAUUAAGCGAUGGCUCAGCAUGACACCAAAUUCAACAAAACAAUUGCACGGAUUCUGCGACGCUUCCGAUAAUGGACUUUCGGCUUGCGUUUAUAUAGUGCAAACAUCGAAUGAAAUCACCACAGCAUCACUCAUAUGCGCUAAAACUCGUGUUGCACCCAUUGAUCCAGUCGCAACACCUCGUUUAGAAUUGUGUGGAGCUGUUCUAUUGUCACAUUUGGCCGCUCGCAUUGAACAUAAUCUGAAGAUUGACAAAAAUAACGUGCAUUUAUGGACCGAUUCGUCAGCUGUCUGGCAUUGGUUGCAACAUCAUCCGUCACGCUUUCAGGUGUACAUCGCUCAUGGCGUGCUUGAAAUUCAGAAGCUGUAUCCAGCGAACCACUGGAAGCAUGUUCGAACUCAUGAAAACCCAGCAGAUAUCGCAUCUCGGGGUGUUUCUGCACGUCACUUGCUCAACAAUUCUCUUUGGUUUUCUGGACCAAAGUGGCUCUGCCUUGACAAAACUCAGUGGCCAAAAAUCGAUUUGCCAUUGCCACAAGGCUUAAAUUUAGAAAAAAAGCGCACGCGAAUAAACAUUGCUGUUCCACAAUCAGCGCCAUGCGAAAUGGACUUCUUAUUGCGAUUUUCGAGUUUGCUUCGAUUGCUUCGGGUUACGGCUCGCAUAUUUCGAUUGGCUAAACACAGAAAGGGAGAGGCUGCCUCUUUGCCCGAUUAUGUAACGCCUGAGGAAUUGGAGGAAGCAAAAAUUGAAUGGGUAAAAUACAUUCAAGCCCUAUAUUUUGCCAAAGAAAUUCGCGAUUUAAGAAAGAACGGAUUCGUCGACGAAAAAAGUGCACUACGCUCGCUCAACCCGCAAUUCAACGAAAACAAAAUUCUCGUCGUCAAUGGUCGAUUACGGUAUGCUCCGCUACCAGAACGACAAAGAUGUCCGAUGAUUUUGCCAGCAAAUAGCCAUUUCACACAACUAGCAAUAAAUCGCGCCCAUGCAACGUCGUUACACGGCACCAUUCACCUGACUUUGGCUCGUGUUCGCCAAGAAUUUUGGAUCCUGAACGGUCGCAAUCGUGUGAAAGCAUUCGUCCACAAAUGCGUUGUCUGCUUUCGACAAAAACCCAAGUCAAUGACUCAAUUGAUGGCGCCAUUACCUGCCAUAAAAACAACUCCGUCUCGCGCAUUUUUGCAUUGUGGUCUGGAUUUUGCGGGACCAAUUCAAAUAAAGAGCUCGAAUAAACGAAAUGCACCGACUGAGAAAGGUUAUAUUUGCGUGUUCGUGUGUAUGGCCUCGAAAGCAGUCCAUUUGGAACUCGUCGGUGACUUGAGUACCCAGAAGUUCAUUUUGGCAAUUCGUCGAAUGAUGGCGCGACGAGGAAUGAGCACUGAUUUUUAUUGCGAUCGAGGGACAAAUUUUCAAGGUGCAAGCAACGAAUUGCCUCGUCUUUUCUUGGAUGCCAAAGCAACAACAUCAACUGAAAUCGCCCAAUUAUUCGCUUCCGAUGGCAUUCGAUUCCAUUUCAAUCCCCCAAGCGCACCGAACUGGGGCGGACAAUGGGAAUCGUUCGUCAAGCUGACGAAACAUCAUUUGCGCCGAAUGACCACCGCAGUUAAACUAACGUUCGAGGAAAUGGCAACGCUUCUUGCUCAAAUUGAAUCAUGCCUAAACUCGCGGCCUUUGUGUGCAAUCACAACGGAUAUAAAUGAUUUGGAGCCACUCACGCCCGGUCAUUUGUUGAUUGGCGCUCCGCUUAAUUUGAUUCCAGAACCGAAUUCACUAUCACUAAAAGACAAUACGCUCGACCGGUUCCAAGCCAUACAAAAGGGCCUACAAACAUUCUGGAAGCGCUUUUCAGAAGAAUAUUUGCACGCGCAACACCCCAGAAAGAAAUGGCUCAAGCCAAAUGAAGAUGUCAACUGCGGCGACCUAGUAAUCAUCAUCGAGGACAAUCUACCGCCGGCAAAAUGGAUGAUGGCCAGGAUCAUCGAACUUCACACUGGGACAGACGGCUAC